AUGAAUAUGGUCAAUGCCGCAAAACAACAAAAUGUCGAGCAUUUUAUCUGGAGUAGUUUAGCAGAUACAGUAGCUAUCUCAAAUGGAAAAUUAGAUUUGCCACAUUAUAUGAUGAAAGCGCGUAUCGAAGCCUAUAUACGUUCACAGCAAAACCCGCCGCUGUUUCGUUAUGUCACAUUUGUUCAUGUUGGUUUCUAUUAUCAAAAUUUUCAAACGUUCUUUCAACCAACGGCAGAUUUAGAGUUUCGGGUUUUACUCAAACCGCACGCCCGUCUUCCUCUCUAUGAUGUUCGUGACACUGGCAUCGUAGUUGCUCAAUGCUUCGAACAUCCAGAUCGAUGGGGACAAGGAAAUGUUGUUCCAAUCGUUGCACAACGAUUAACAAUGGAAGAAAUUUGUGAAAUUAUUCGACGUGUCACAGGUAAUGAUAAGGUUCGAUAUACGCAAUUGACGGAUGAACAGUGUGCUGGACAAGCAAAGGAAACGCUCGAUAAUUUAAGAUGGUACAAUGACUACGGAGAUUUCGAAGAACGGCAUCCGGAGAAAACAAAAGAAGUUUAUGAUAAAAUGAAAACAUUAGAAGAAUGGAUACAGGAAACAAAAUGGUUAAUGAAUUAG